CGCCGGAAGUCAGGAUUAACAGUUUCCGGGAGGCCUGCCUGACCGCAGCUGGCUGUGCGCUGAGAGAUCCGGGCCGCCAUGGUCUCAGACGAAGAUGAACUGAAUCUUCUGGUUAUCAUAGUUGAUACCAACCCAAUCUGGUGGGGAAAGCAAGCGUUAAAGGAAUCUCAGUUUACUUUAUCAAAAUGCAUAGAUGCGGUGAUGGUGCUAGGAAAUUCUCAUUUAUUCAUGAAUCGUUCCAACAAACUUGCUGUGAUAGCGAGUCACAUUCAAGAAAGUCGAUUCUUAUAUCCUGGAAAGAAUGGCAGACUUGGAGACUUCUUUGGAGACCCUGGCAACCCUUCUUCCGAAUUUAAUCCCUCAGGAAGUAAAGAUGGAAAAUAUGAGUUGCUAACAGCAGCAAAUGAAGUUAUUGUUGAAGAGAUCAAAGAUCUAAUGACCAAGAGUGACAUAAAGGGUCAACAUACAGAAACUCUGUUGGCAGGAUCCCUCGCCAAAGCUCUUUGCUACAUUCAUAGAAUGAACAAGGAGGUUAAAGAUAAUCAGGAAAUGAAAUCAAGAAUAUUGGUGAUUAAGGCUGCGGAAGACAGUGCAUUGCAAUAUAUGAACUUCAUGAAUGUCAUCUUCGCAGCACAGAAGCAGAAUAUUUUGAUUGAUGCCUGCGUCUUAGACUCUGAUUCAGGACUCCUCCAACAGGCUUGUGACAUCACGGGGGGACUGUACUUGAAGGUGCCUCAGAUGCCCUCCCUCCUGCAGUAUUUACUGUGGGUUUUUCUUCCUGAUCAAGAUCAGCGAUCUCAGUUAAUCCUCCCACCCCCAGUUCACGUUGACUACCGGGCUGCUUGCUUCUGUCACCGAAAUCUCAUUGAAAUUGGCUACGUCUGUUCUGUGUGCUUGUCAAUAUUCUGCAAUUUCAGUCCUAUCUGCACUACCUGCGAGACAGCCUUUAAGAUUUCGCUACCUCCUGUACUGAAGGCCAAGAAAAAGAAACUGAAAAUGUCUGCAUGAUAGUAAAAUUUUUUUCCCCAUCAUUUAGAGCUGUUAACAGAAAUUGCAUGGCAGAAUCUUUGUUAGGAAGGCUCUGAAGAAAAUAGAGAUACGUGGAAGAUAAUUUUUAAUGAACUUCCUUACAGGAAAUAUUUGUCAAGCGUCACCCUCAUCCUGUGCUUCUGGGGGGCCGAUUUACUGCAGGGAGUCAUUCCGUGCAGUAUACCCUAAAAUCUUUUCUGAUGGGUUUUUGUCCAGAGAGGAGGAAGAAAGCACAAAUUUGCGACUAUUUUUUUUUUCAAAUGAGAUGAUCAUUUGUCAAAGUCAGUCUGCCCUGACUGAUUAUGGGCGUCAGAACCUGUCACCCAAGUCUAGGUUCUCUGUGAAAUGUACAACGUGAAAUCUGAGCACAGUUUUGGAAAAAGUGACUA